AACCCCUGGAGGCGCAUCCUAAAUUCUUUCGGCCUGAACUUUUCCCCUCUCCCUACGGCCUGGCGUAGAGAAAGGGCGAACGUCACUUACGGCAGGAAUUUGAGAGCGAUGCUCAAACCCAGCACUGCUCCAGAGCCCCUUUUCCGGCGGCGCCGGGAUUCCAAAGAGAGCGUUCUGGGGUAGGAACGCGCCUUUCGCCACCGCCUCGGUGGGAGAACCCCGGCCUGGCACCGCGCCCUGCGCACCCCGACGGCCCCGGCGCCGCUCCGGCCCCUCCGCCCGGCCCCCACCCCCCCCUCCGCCGGGCGCGGGGCGAGGCCCGCUGCCCGCCGCGGGGCCGCCUGCCAGGGCUACCCGCUCCCCGCCCGACGGGGCGCCCCGCCCCCGCGGUGUUCCUGGCGGCCCCGGCGGGGUCUCACUCCCGCGGCCGCCCCUCACCCGUGGGCGCCGCUCCCUCCGCCCCGCUCGCAGGGCCGCGGUGUCGGCCCAGCUGCCUCCGAGCGCUUCCGCCCGGGUCACGGGCCGCUUCCGGUCCCCCGCGCCCAGCCCGUGCGGCGCCCGUGCUCCCGGCAUGCUGUGCGCGCCGAGCGGUGCAUGCUGGGGCGCGUAGUUCUCGGGGGCAUCUGCAGGCCCGCCAUGUCAGGGUUCGGGGGUGUCGGCCGACAGCAGCUGAAGAUGAGCGAACGCGUGCCCGGCUGGCCAGGAAGGCCAGUGGCGUCUUGGCUUGUGUGCAGAAUGGUGUGGCCAGCAGGAACAGGGCAGUGAUGUACUCAACGCUGAUGAGGCCGCACCUCGAGUUCUGUGUUCGGUUCUGGGCCUCUCAAUUAAUGCACAGCAUCGAGGUGCUGGACGCUGUCCAGAGCAGGGUAACGAAGCUGGAUGAAGGUUCUGGCGCACGAGCCUUAUGAGGAGCACCUGAGGGAGCUGGGGCAAUUUAGCCUGGAGAAGAGAAGACUCAGCGAAAACCUUAUGGCUAUCUACAACUCUCUGAAAGGAGAGGUUGGGGUCACAUAGGUGGGGUCACAAAGUAAUGGCCUCAAGCUGUGUCAGGGGAGGUUCAGGCUGGGUGGGCAUCAGGAGGAAUUUCUUCACAGAAAUGUUAGAUAUUGGAAUGGACUGCCCAGAGAGGUUGGUGGAGUCACCAUCUCUGGGGGGUGUUUAAGGGAUGAUUUGAUGUGGCGGUUAAUGCCAUGGUACAAUUGACGUGGUGGUGUUGGCCACUGGUUGGACUUGAUGCCCUUAGAGGUGUUUUCCGGCCCAGCUGAUUCUGGCAUUCUGCGGCUGAGCGGGACAUGCUGACGGGGGCGCCGCGGAGCCUCCUACUGCCGGAACCAAAGCGCGGCGCGGCGGCGGCGCGCCGGGGGCUGUCAGAGUGGCACCGCCCGCCGUGUCCCCGGUGCGGCCGCGGCCCCGCCAUGCUCCCGCUGCUGCUGCUCCGGGCCGUCCCCGCCGCUGCCUGCCGCCGAGCCUCCGCCUCCGCAUGGCUGCGGGGCGCCGCGCACCCCGCCUGCCGCCACCGGGCCGCCGUCGCUGCGAGGCCCCAGCAGGUUGCAUCUUUUCAAGGAGUGGCUGUUCGAAGCCUCAGCACAUCCUCCCCUCAUGAUCACCCUGAACAUGGAAGAUUAGUUUAUAAAGGAAAUUUGGCAAAGACAGUGUUGGGUGUGAAGUUUUUCUCUUACUCCACCAGCAUAUUCAACCUGUUCAUGAUGCCCUACAUCAUGCUCAAAAGUGGUAUUGGAGUGGAAAGUUUGCUUGUCCAAGAUUCUACAGCUCAUUCUUUCAUGUUUAAUCUGACACCUUGCAGCACAAAGAACAAACCUGUCUGGAAGGCUAAUCUUACCUGGAUUCCAAGAAGUGACAUCCACUUUUUGAAGAUUGUCUUCAAUGUCUGGUAUGAUGGUGCCAAAGCACUCCUCUGGAAAGAACUCCUCUGCAGCGGAGCUGACGAUGAAUACUCACUGUGCGGAACGCUGAAAGGAGAAACACUUGACUCAGCAUUUGACAUUAAAGGCUCAAGAUUUGAAUUUCCAAAGGGCAAUUAUAGUAUUGUUGUGCAAGGAUUCUCUGAUGAUUCUGAGAAUAAUAUGCUCAUAUGCUUGAAUUUCACCAUGAUAGUAAAAUAAGAUGCUUUCUGAGUGCAACAAACUUCUCAAAUAAUUCCAGAAUAUGGAGGUCACUUCUGUGAGCAACUGGAAUCCAAGCUGUGAAGUAAAUGCACACUGAACUUCCUGAGGCAGAAUACAUCCUGUGCUGUCUGGGAAGCUAUAAGAUAUAGUCUUUCUCUUUUGUAGCAUAGCCAUAAUCAGUUGCUCAGCCAAUGUGGCCAAAAUUUCUGGGAAUCAGGCAUCCUGAUUAGUCCACGGAAUUACCCUGACUGGGUGUCAGGCUGGUCCUGCAUUUUGGUGCUGUGCCUUGAGUUACAAUAAAGUUGAGUGCUUCAGACUGAGCUAAAGUAAUCAAGAAGUUUUGAAGUUUUGAAGUGCCAGAAUCAGAAGUUCAUCAGUGUUCAAUUUAAAAUAACACAGCAAUUGAAUUUGGGAACCCUGUUGUGAGGUGGUGGGGGGUGGUUUUUUGGUUUGUUUGAGUUUUUUUCUUUUCUUGUAACAAUAAAACUUGUUAGUACAAUCAAUUUAA